AUGGUCCAAAGCAAUAUUGUUCCUGAUGGAUUCAAGACUAAGGCCACAAAACUUGGUACCACUGCUGGUAAUCAAUCUAAAAGUGAGGUUGCUUCAACUCAGGAUACUGAUCUCGAUAAACAAAAUAAUGCUCAAUCUGGACUCGCUAAUAAAUCCGGAGAACUAGCUGCUAAGGCCUUAGCACUUUACGAUGCAGCCAAAACACUAGAAACAGCUGCUACGACUGACACUGCACUUAAACCACUUAAAGAUACGGCCGGUGCUCUUAAGAAUGCAGCCGGCACUUCUGGUGGUACUAGCGGUCUAUUCAAGGCUGCAGAAGAACUAGCUAAACAAGCUGGUAGUCCUGCUGAAGAUCAGGCCAACCAAGUCAUAAAUGCAUUUGAAGAGGUUGAAAAACAUUACUUAGCACUAAUGAAACAAGCUGGUGAUAGUAAACUAACCGAACAUCCCGAGGUCAUCCAGGUUGUCAAGGCCUACCACUUGGUUAAGAACACAUAUUACCAAAUGCUAAUAGGUUAUAGGAUUAGAUACCUAAUUGGCAAUGGUAGUGAUGGGAUUCUACAAAAGGCCUCAGACCUACAUACUAAAGCAAGUAACCUAGCCAAUGCCCCUGGACUAUCUCCUCAAGAUGAUCCCCAAAAAGACCUUAAAGAACAACUCAAAGGACUUGCCAACGAACUCAAGAAUGCUACCGACAAUAAUGCUGGUCUCCAACAGGCCCUCAAUCAACUCAAAACUGCCGAAGGUGAUACUAAUAUUGUUGAAAACGCCACCAAAGUAAUCGAGAAGUACAAAAAAGUCAAAGAAGCCUACGAAAAAAUUAAGGCAAAAGACUCUGAUUAUACUAAGCUUGCUGCUAGAGUCGAAUAUGGCCCAGUUACAACUGCUUUCAAUGCACUUGAUAAAAAGUUCGAGGCUCUUAAGAAGUCCUAUGAAAAUGUCCUCAUACUUAGGGUCCAAGAACUAUCCAACCUGGCACAGGCACUUUCUACUAAAGCCAGUGACCUAAAGGCUGUUUCUGGACUUACUAAAGAAGCCAAUGCUCUAGCUGAAGCAGCAAGUAAAGAUCCUAGUGAAGGUCUUGCACAGAAAGCAAAGGCACUGGUAGGAGCUAUCAAUGGUCCUGGUGACACUACUUCACCGGCCACUGAGGUCAUAACUGCGUUCGACAAGGUCACUAAAGCAUACGAUGAUCUGGCAAAUAAAAAUGAAUACAAACAAAAACUAAAUUCAGCACUAGCCAAACAAGGUCAAGUUCUAGUUGGUGAUGAACUAAAGGUCAAAGAAGUUGGGGUUGCCUACGCCAAUCUCAAGGCUGUAUAUGACAAAAUACUAUACUUUACCAAGAUCAAACACUACGCAAAACAGAUGGAAUCUAAGGUACAAUCAAUAACCAGUCCGGCUACUGCCAAAGAAGUGAAAACCGUCAUAGCUAAGUUAAAGAGUAUCAACAGCUUACUACCUGCUGAUCCUAAAUUUACUGUCCAGAAUGAUAUCGAGUCCAUUAAAAAUGCCGUUUAUGGAGCUCAGUUUGAAGAAAAAUAG